AUGCAAGAUCCAGAUUCGACUGAAGUGGCUGGCUUGUUUCAAGAAUUUGGAAACUCUGCCGCCGUUCCACAGGGAGUAGAUUCCCAUUUUGCGCCAGCAUCGCCUGGAGACUUGUCAAGAUUAUCCGUUCAAGCCAAGUCUGCUGCAGAUAUAUCAUCAGCCUUUGGCUUUGCCAACCCCGAGGGGCAAUCAGUGUUCCCCGGGCCCCAUGAGGAAUUACCCCCUGACAUGUUUUUCGACUAUUCUUUACUUGAGAGCAUCCUUCCCCUGACACAAACGGACAAUACAUGUACCGGGGAAAGCCAGGGAGCUUCUCCCGUGCGACAUAUCGCAGCAGCGGCAGCAGCAUUUCCUCGAGCGUUAAAGCCCCCAAGCCUAGGUAUGGGAUCGGAAUCCCAGACGUUUGCGUUGAACAGUUCCUCUUCCUGGCACAUUAAUCUGCCUCGCCCUACAAGCCCAGCUUUAUCCACAGAUAGCGACCCUCAAGAGGUAUCGGAUCUAUUAAAUCACUAUCGAACCCACGUUUGCAAGUUGAUGAUGCCGACAAUAGCACCGUCGCAGAAUCCUUGGUUGCGCCUCUACCUCCCAAUGGCCUCUCGGGAACCACAGACGGCAGCCAAGAAAUGUCUUCUACACGCCAUCCUCGCCGUGGCUGCUUUCAACAAAUCUGAGUUGUCUCGGGCUGAUCGCGGCCAGUAUCAACAGCUUGCUCGGACGCUCAAAGACAGGGCUGCUUUGAUGAUCAAGGACGUCCUCGCAGACGCAUCGCAGAGAGAAGCACUUCUACAGAAUGACGUAGAUCGGCAGGCACUACUGGCCGCAGCCAUGACUAUGACCACGGUCGAGGUCUUUAGCGGCGGGAAUGAGGGAAGAGGCUACGAAAACAUUGCACUGUGUAAAUACAUCAUACGUCUGACUGGUGGAGUAACCUGGUGGGUAGCUAGUUCGACUCGGAUGACUCUGCUUCAAAUCUUCCGAUGUCUCGAGCUCGUUGCUCGCACAUCGGGUUGGACGAACAACGAUGAGUCGGAGCAGGUUCAGGAUGAUGAACAGGCCACCCCGGAGUCAAGAAGUGCUCAGCCACUCGGGGACAGUGUCCGCCACAGCUCGUCUGACGUUGAAUUCCUCAUGGGCACGUCCGCACCUCAGUAUACACUCGAUGUAUCGUUUGGAAUCGCGAUGAAGACUCUACGUUGUCUGAGUCAGACUAUUGAGUUGUGCAGCAUCAGAGAAUCGAUGAAGAGUGGGAAAGGAUGGUCAGAGCGGAGUGCUGUGGCAUUGCAACAACUCGAAGCAGAGCUCUUUGAUACUUUGGAAGAUCCAGAUGCUUUCAGCGGUCAGGAAGUCCUUGGAGAUGUAUCUCAAGAGGGCGUCUCGGACUAUGUUAGCAGGGAGAUAAAAGAGAACCACUGCUGGGCAUUUCAUUGUAGUGCCACCAUUUUCUUUCGGCGAGCUAUAUGUGAAGGUGGCUCGAAAGUGACGCCUCCUAUAGAGGGCCUUGCAGCUGACAAGGACGGGUCGCGUUCCCGCCCGACUGGUCAGCAACUGGUAUCGAUGGCACUGGAGCACUUGGAGAACGUCGAUGCUAUGUCCAGCGAUAUGGCGAUUGCCAACACUCUAUGGCCGGGUUUUAUCGCUGCCGUCGAGGCCAUUGAUAUGGAUCUCCGUCAUAGGUCGUUGAUCUGGUUUGCCCGCGCCAGGAGACAUGGUAUCGGAAAUAUUGCAAAGGCCAAGGCGCUCGUGAUGGAAGUGUGGAGGCGUGUAGACCGCCAGACUGGCGCAGGGUCUGAUCGUCAACAUAUGAAUUCGGAACUCAGCCACGUGGACUGGCGAGAGAUCAUGCGUGAAAAGGGGAUGUAUAUUAUGCUAACAUAG